AUGCAAGUCACCGUUGCUUACAACCAUUUUGGUAAAGGGCUUGUGCAGAGAAUGCCAAGGAUCCGAUGGGGUUUCGUCCAUGUUGUCAACAAUGACUACACUCAUUGGGAGCUUUACGCGAUCGGAGGUAGCCAAGGUCCUACAAUUCUCAGCCAUGGAAACCGUUUCAUCGCUUCUCUUCACAAACCUCAGUACAAUGAGGUGACGAAGAGGGAUUAUUCUCCGGAAAGCGAAUGGAAAAACUGGAAUUGGAGAUCAGAGAGAGAUGUUUUCAUGAACAAAGCAUAUUUCAGACAAUCUGGAAACCCUAAGUUCAAGUGUUCGCACUCUAGACAACAAAUGAUAAAGCCUAAACAUGGUGUGGCCGUUUCAAAACUUACCAAAUAUGCCGGAGCAUUGGAUUGCCGGGUCGGAAAACCAUGCUAA